AUGAACACGUAUGAGGAAUAUGAUGAGGAACUGAUUGACUACAGCAUCCAGCUCAGUAUUCAAAGCUCCUGCCAAGAUGCCUAUCUGAAAUCUGCAGCUAGUUUAGCAGCAGCAGCCAAUGAAAAUCACAGAGUCCUGGCAGCCAUCGAGCAAGGCGAGGUCUCUGUGCUCAGGGAGAUGCUGAGUCACACCCUUGCCUUCAGGGAGUCAGACAUUCAUGGCUGGUUUCCCCUCCACCGGGCUGCUGCCCAGUCCGUCCUGGAGGUUCUGGAGACCGUCCUUAAAUCUCCAGAAGUCAGUCUGGAGGAGAAGACGGUCACUGAUGGAGAGACGCCGCUCACACUGGCAGUCAAAGCUGGACUUGGGAGGAAUGUGACGAGCCUGCUGGAGCACGGGGCAUCGCCUGACAACACAAACAGAAUAAAUGAGACGCCGCUGCUGUUGGCGGUGAGAGCUGGCUCGUAUGAAAUGGCAUCCACACUGGUGGCUCAUGGUGCCUGGGUGGACCAGGUCUGCAGAAAGAACUGGUCAGCUAUGCAUGAAGCAGCCAAGCUCGGCAAUCUGGACAUCCUGAUGCUGCUGCUGAGAAAUAGUGGAUACGUACACCAGAAGGAUGACAUGGGAGUGACGCCGCUCGCUGUGGCUGCCGAGCAGGGACACUUCCCCAUCGUCGAGCUUCUACUGGACUACGGCAGUGAAGUGAAUUCCCAGGCGCGUGAUGGGGAAAGUGUCCUAUCGGAUGCAGCCGGGUCUGGAAGCAUGGAGUGCAUCCAGCUGUUGCUGGACAAUGGAGCCAAUCCCAACCUUCCCAGCAUCACUGGACACCUGCCCAUUCACAAAGCAGCAUAUGCUGGACACUAUGAUGCUUUAAAAUUGCUGAUCGGGGUCACCAACAUGAGGAUCAUAAAAGAGUCGGGUCAGAGCCCCGUCCACUCUGCCGCAGACGGGGGCCACGGCCACUGCCUGAAGCUCCUGUUAGACUACGGGUUUGAUGUGAACCUCCGCAUGAACACCAGAAACUCUGAAAACUACCCGGACAUGAGAAGAAGCGCCUUGUUCUUUGCCGUCUCCAACCAGGAUGUGGAGUGUACUAAAAUGCUGCUGAAAGCGGGGGCGAAGACAGACCUGGACCCGCUGAACUGCCUGCUGGUGGCGGUCAGGUCUGGCAGUCACGACAUCGUGAAGAUGCUCCUGGCUGCCAAGGCAGACGUGAACUGUUACUUCACGGUGGUGAAUGACACGCUGUUCCCCACGGCGCUGCAGUACUGUCUGAAGGAUGAGGCCAUGAUGCGCCUGCUCUUCAAUAACGGCUACAAGGUGUACAGCUGUUUCCAAUGUCCCCAUGACAAGAAAUCUGGUGCUGCGGAUGAUGAUGGGGCAGGAAAAAUUCCAUUCUGUCAGUUCAUGAGUCUCGGCUGCGUCAAGCAUCUGUGUGGAAGUGUGAUCCGGAUCCUGCUGGACUAUGUCAACCACGUGCACAUCUGCUCCAAACUCAGAGUUAUCUUGGAAAUACAGAAAGAGUGGCCUGAGAUUUGUGAAAUUCUCUGCAAUCCUCGCUCUCUCAGGCAGCUCAGUAGACUGGAGAUCAGGAAGCGUUUGACCCUGAGGCGCCUCAAAAAUCCUGAAAUCAUCUCAAAGCUUUUCCCUCCUCAACUCAGGCGUUUCAUUCUAUACGAGGAGCUGGACCUUUCUAGCCAGAACCCUGAACUCGUCCUGUGAAGAUCUGCAUGUUUCCUGCAGGAGUCUGGCUUGUGCUGGAUGUAGCCUCAUUUAAAAAAAAAAACAUUUUGAAUUGUUGGACUUGAUAAAAUGUUAUCCGCCUGCAGGUUGGCUUUGGACAGUUUUUCUUUUCUUUUUUUUUAUAUUUAUGAUUAAAAACUAUAUACUGUUUUAAAAUGUGAUUAAUUUGUCUCAAAAGAGAAUAUACUGUACUCACAAAUGUGAAUUUGUUUGAUGGCUUUUUUUCUUUCUGUUUCAACUUUCCUACUGAUGAAAAUGUGUAUGUUUCAGGCCAUGGUAGUCAGAAAAAUGUGCAGGAUUGAAUGACUCUAGUCUAGAUUAUGCAUCUACUGUAUAUAAAACAAAUAACUUUAAUAACUCAGAGUUUGAAUGGAUGUCUUUAAUACAACAUGCAAUGUACUGAUGAUGGAAGCUCAGUGCUUUAAUGUUUGAAACUUAAUUUGUAGUGAUUUAUGACUGAGACAAAAACUAAGAUACUGCUGAUAUAAUAUAUACUAGAAGUUUAAUAUGUAUUAAUGCAGAGAAUGCCCUACAGAAGCUGCCACAAAGUAAAAUGUGCGAUAUGUAGACUUACUGAAAAUGAGUCCGUGACCCACCAGUUGAGAAUCACUACUUUAAAAGAAGGUGACUGGACUUCUCUUUGGUUCUUAAAGAUUCGUUAGAAAGACUCAGAUCAGCUGAAACACUCUGUUUAUUUAAAUCGAGGUUGAAGUCACACCUUUUCUCAGCUGCACUUGAAUAAAGCUUCAAAUCUUACUUUUAAACUUCAGUUUCAAAACUUGAUCAUAUUUUAACUACUGUUUUUAUUGUUCUUUUUUCUUUCUUUCUUUUUGUUUAAAUUUUAAACCAUGCUUUUUAUUUUCGCCAAUGUGAUCAUGUUGUAAUGUCUCUGUAAAGCACUUUGAAUCACCUUGUUGUUGAAUUGUGGUAUAGAAAUAAACUUGCUUU